AUGAAGGAACUUUCAGAGACCAAGGACCAUCUCCACUUCCUGCAGACUUUCUCACCUUGCUGUGUCCUUCCUGCUGAUGAAGACUCGCUCAGCUUUACCGUCACGGCUGAGUUUUCUUCUGAGGACCUGCUAAAGGAGCUGUCAAGUCUGAAGAAGAGUCUGGAGAAGAUCAGCCAGCAGGACAUCCUGACAAGGACUCCACCAGGUUGUGAAGCUCCAAUCUUCACCCUACAGCCUCCUGAACCUCAUAGCAGAGAGGAGUUUUUACAAUACUUCUGUCCACUCACACUGGACAUCAGCACGGCACACAGAAACCUCCGUCUGUCUGAAGAGAACAAGAGGGUGACAUGGGAGGGGACACGGACUAGAUAUCCUGAUCAUUCUGACAGAUUUGACUACUGGUGCCAAGUUCUGUGCAGAGAGGCUCUGACUGGGACUCGCUGUUAUUGGGAGGUGGAGGGCAGUGGACACAUCAUGAAGAUUGGAGUCGCAUAUAAAGGACUGGGCAGGAAAGGAGGAGGCGAUGACUGCCGCCUUGGAUACAAUGACAAGUCCUGGAGUUUGCAGAGGUCUGUUUUCCAGUGCUCUGUGCGUCACAAUAACAAGAGGACUGUAAUCCGCACCCCCUGCAGCCCCAGAGUAGGUGUGUAUCUGGACUGGCCUGCUGGCUGUCUGUCAUUUUAUAGCGUCUCAGACACAAUGACCCUCCUGCACAGGUUCAACACCUCCUUCACUAAGCCCCUCUAUCCAGGGUUUAGUGUUGGUCUUCACUCCAGUGUAAUAAUCAGCCAUCUGACCCACUGACCAGUACCCUCCACCGGUCACUUGAUGUCCCCACAAGCUCAGGUCCUCUGAGUUUGUAGUUUAGGGUGAAUUUAAUUUGUGGAUGAGGAUGGGGGGGUCAUUAUUAUUGGGUUUGAGUAGCCAAUCAGGUUGAGUGUGUCAUAAUGAGGGGUGGUGACGCCUCAGACCUACAAAUACCAGUCUGACCAUCAGGGGUCACUGUUGAUUCACAGCCACAUGUUUUUUAAGCUGACACCCCAACAACUACUGCGGCCCCCAAGUGUCACUGAAUGUCACUUGUUAAGUAGGACAGGCAUGUGGUCCUGCUGGAUCAGCACAACUGAAAGGUGCUAUACAGACUCCGUAUGGAGAGCUCUUGUAUAGUGACUAUAUGUAGGAGCAGAGAGUGACAGAUGGGACUGGAGUGUUGUCCAGUUGCCAGACAUGUUGUGACCCUCCAUUGGUCACUCAAAGGGUCCUUCACUUCAGAAUGAAUUCACUGUGAAUGUCUGAAGACGAGGACUCGCCAGUCAGUCAGACGUCAGCCAUACUGACAGAGUUUGGUGUUUUAGUUGAUGUCACAUUAAACUUUAAACUGCACCUCCUCCUUGUCCCCAGAUUUGUCACUCUUUGUACCCUGAAAGCUCCAACAUCUUCACAAAAUGAUUUCCUUGUCAGUUGGCACACACUUGACAUGGGUGCACAUGUGUGGCUUUGCAGUGGACUGGCACCCCGUCCAGGGUUGGCCCACCUUGUUCACAAACCUGGAAUUGAAAAGUGGAUAAGAAAGACAAAGAAUGGACAGAAGGGGUCACUGAUUGGUCAGUCACCAAACUACUGCCUCUUGUGGCCACUCUAAAUAUUACACAGCAAUUUAUACAAAAAGGAAAUCUAAAAGAUAAAAGCAGAAAGCAUUCAGUGAAAUCCUGAGCAGUGAAACAUGAAAGGAGAGAAUGAGAAACAAUCAGAGAGUCAGACGAAUGGAGACUUCAACAGGAGGACUGAGGGGUGGGACUGAAGUGCAGUGUGUGGAUACCCGCCAUAUUACACACAUGGGAAAGGUCAGCAGUGAAGGGGGAGAAGAGAAUAGAGUGCAGUGCAAAAGAAAUAAGAAUAAAGAAAAAACACAAGAAUAAAACUCCUGAAAUAAAGAACUUUAAAUAUUAUAUCUAAAACUAAUUAAGAUUUAAAUGAAUUAAGAGCAAAAUAAGGGCGACACGAUCACACAGUCACAUGACCUUCAGAGCUGACAGGUGAGCUGAUUCUUCUGUAGCCAAACUGCCCCCUCUAGUGGCCACUCUCAGUAUUAAAUGAAUGGCAAGGCUGAGGGGGAGGAAAGAUUUGGGUUUGAUCAAAUGGAUAUUUAGUGCAGAUUUCUUAAUAUUGUCAUUACCUUUAAGGACUGUUCGGCUUUGUUAGGUUAUGGAAGAUUCUCUAUGGGGAAAGAACAUUUAUUUGAAUUAAUCUUUUUAAUAAUGGUUAUGUAUUAACAAAAUACAAAUCUAAUAAUUCUUUACAUUUUGUAAAUAAACUCCCAAUGGUGUUUGGUGAAUAAACAAUAAGGAUGACUGACAUUUGUCAAAUCUGCUCCUCUGUGACCUUCUGACUUGUCACCACCUCUGGUCACAUCUCCUGUGUUGUCUGAUCUGAAGAUAUAACACUCCGUAUUGAUGAUCCAUUUCUU